AUGGAAGAAACCAAAGGCAAGUGCAUUGGUAUUGUAAGAGAGCAGAAGAACAAAUGGGAGAGAAGAGUUGCAAUCACUCCUAAAGAAGUUAAGGUCCUUGUUGAGCAAGGCAUCAAAGUUGUAGUGCAGCCUUCCACUAUCAGGUGUUUCACACAGAAAGAGUUUGAGGAUGCUGGAGCUAUCAUUAGUGAAGAUCUAUCAGAGGCUCAAUUAAUUGUUGGAGUUAAGGAGAUCCCAUUGGAUAAGCUAUACCCAGGAAAGACUCACAUGUUCUUCUCGCACACAAUCAAAGCUCAGGAUUAUAACAUGCCUUUGCUUGAUAAAAUGCUUGAAGACAAAAUCAGGCUCAUCGAUUACGAAUGAAUUAAAGAUAAAGGACAAAGAUUAGUAGCUUUUGGAAGAUAUGCCGGAAUCGCUGGGGUCGUUGAUUUCAUGAGAGGAAUUGGAGAAUACCUCCUAGAGAGAAGAUAUCAAUCCUUCUUUGUCAAUGUUGCCUCUACUUACAUGUAUGUUGACCUUGAAGAUAUUAAGGAAUCUAUCACAAAAGUUGGAAAGAAUAUUGCUUCAAAAGGACUUCCCCCAGAGUUUGCUCCAUACGUAUUUGCUGUCUCAGGAGCAGGAAGAGUAGGCAGUGGAGCUUGUGAGAUCUUGGAACUUCUUCCUCAUGAAUAUGUUGACCCUGAUGAUUUGGAUUCUGUCCCAAAGGAUGACAACACUAAGGUCUACAUUACUGUUUUAAAAGAAAAGGAUUUGGCUGAGAAAAUAGAGCCAAACGGAGAGGAGUUCGACCUUCAGCAUUACUAUGAUAACCCAUCAGAGUACAAGCCAAAGUUCAAGAAAUACUAUGACCAAAUCUCCUUCUUAGUAAAUUGUCAAUAUUGGGAUGCCAAGUACGUCAGAAAUAUCUAUGAAAAAGAUCUUUGUGAAGCCAUUGGAACUAAGUUUAUGGGAUUUACAGAUAUUUCUGCAGACUACGAGGGAUCUAUCGAAGUCACAAGAGAAUUCAGCAACAUUGAAGAUCCAUUCAACCUCUACUGUCGGAAGACACAGAAGCUUAAGAGUAGAAUCAGCGACUAUGAAGACGGAGAUAUUCUCUACCAUUGUGUAGAUCACCUUCCUGCAGAAAUGCCUAUCGAGUCAAGUUGAACAUUUGGAGAGAAUCUUUUGCCAUUCUUGCCUGAAUUGCUCAAAUUAGACUCGGAUACAAAAUUCGAAGAUAUUGAGGGUGUAUCAGAUAUCAUGAAGAAUUCUAUUAUUUGCUACAAUGGAGCUCUAACGAAGAACUACAAGUAUAUUGAUCAGCUCAGGAAGUUAAACGAACUACAGAAGAAGGAGGACGAAGAAAUUAAGGAGAUGAAGAGAGAAUCAAAAGGACUCAAAAGAUCUAUCUCGUUCACCUCUUUGUGUAUUAGUGGCCACAUAUUUGAUACUAAGUUCUUCAAUGACACAUUAGAUAUCUUAGAAUCUGCUGAUACAAGUUUCAGAGUUAUGAAUCUAACUUGUGGCCAGAGAGAAGAUGAAGAGUCUUCAGCAACUCUACAGAUUUUCAGUCACGAUAUUCUAAAGCUCAAUAAUGCCUUAGAAAAGCUACAUGAAGCUGCUGAAAGUUUGCCAGUCAAAAUCACAAAGAAUUACGAUAAUGCUGAUUAA